GAGGGAGGCGCGGAAAAAAGAUCCAGAGAACUACACACACACACACAGAGGGGGAAAAUUGAGUUACAUUGCAAUUACGCUUUUCUUACAAAACGGCGUUUUCCUGCAAGACAGAGGACACAUACACAAGCUGAAACUGGACAGAGAAUUUAUUCCAAGCCGGUCAACACACAAAGAUAACAAGUGUCCACAAGCAGACGGCCAGCGUGUGAAGUCCAGCUGUGUGUGUGUGUGUGUGCGCGCUAAUACACUUGUGUGAAACUGUGGGUGCAGAUAUCUGUGUGUAUGUGAGAUGAGGAGAAGCUAAGUGGCUACCACAACUACCCACAUCAGACAGCCUCCUGCGCUGCAAGAUGGAUUAGAGCCCCACACCUCAGGAGAUCAAAGGUGGCUGUGACAGGGGCACCCCCGGGGCAGGACCCAUGAGGAGUCAUAGAAGAUGCUCACAGCCUGGGCGCUUCUGCUCUUCUUAGCCAUGUGGGUGAGAAGCACCUCUGGUGGCCCGCUCUCCUUCAGAAUAGCUGCCAUCCUUGAUGAUCCAAUGGAGUGCAGCAGAGGAGAGCGUCUGGCCAUCACGCUGGCCAAAGACAGCAUCAACAGGAACAGUAACCGCUCCACCACUGGCAAACUGGAGGUGGACAUCUUUGAACUACUAAGAGACAGUGAAUAUGAGAUGGGGGAAACAAUGUGCCAAAUCAUGUCUAAAGGGGUGGUGGCGGUCCUCGGUCCCUCUGCCAGUCCGGCCUCCAACUCCAUCAUCAGCAAUAUCUGUGGAGAGAAGGAGGUGCCCUAUGUCAAGGUGGCUCCAGAGGACAUUUUGAAGGUUCAGUUUCCCCGAUUCACCACCUUAGACCUGAGGCCAACCAACACUGACAUCAGCCUGGCUGUUGCUGGCCUUCUCACCUUCUUUAAUGGCACCACCGCCUGCCUCAUCUGUGCCCAGGCUGACUGUUUAUUGAACCUGGAGCAGCUCCUCAGGCAGUUCCUCAUCUCCAAGGAGACUCUGUCAGUGCGCAUGCUUGACGACAGCCAGGACCCGACCCCACUUCUCAAGGAGAUACGGGAUGAUAAGACAGCCACUAUCAUAGUCGAUGCCAACGCCACCAUGUCACAUAUCAUUUUGGAACGGGCAUCAGAGCUGGGAAUGCUGUCAGUCUACUACACUUACAUCUUCACUUCUCUGGAAUUCUCUUUACUCCGACUGGACGAUGUGGCAGACCAGCGAGUCAACAUAGUCGGAUUCUCAGUUUUCAACAAAACUCAUCCCUUCUUCCAGGAUUUUGUGCUAAGUCUCAAUCGUUCCUGGCAGGAGAAUUGUGACCAUGCUCCCUUCGCUGGCACCCCACUUUCCUCAGCUCUGCUCUUUGAUGCGGUAUACGCGGUGGUGGCGGCGGUCCAGGAGUUGAACCGUAGCCAGAAUGUUGGGGCCACGCAGCUCUCCUGCAAGUCCUCCAAGAUCUGGGAGCACGGUACCAGCCUCAUGAAUUACCUGAGGAUGGUAGAAUUGGAAGGUCUAACAGGCCACAUUGAAUUCAACAGCAAAGGCCAGCGGUCCAACUAUGCCCUGAGGAUCAUGCAGAACAGCAAGGAUGGCCUAAGGCAGAUUGGCCUGUGGCAUUCCGAAGAUGGACUGUCCAUGGAGAAAAAGCUUCCAUCAAUCAAUGUGACGGACACCCUCUUCAACACUACUCUUACUAUCACAACAAUAUUGGAGAAUCCAUAUGUGAUGCUGAGACAAAACCAUCAGGAACUGGAGGGAAAUGACCGCUACGAAGGCUUCUGUGUUGACAUGCUGAAGGAGCUGGCAGAUAUUCUCAAGUUUAAGUAUCGUAUUCGGCUGGUGGCAGACGGACUCUACGGGGUUCCUGGGGCCAAUGGAACAUGGACAGGCAUGGUCGGAGAGCUCAUCUCAAGGAAAGCUGAUCUGGCAGUUGCAGGCCUGACCAUCACAGCAGAGCGUGAAAAGGUCAUUGACUUUUCCAAGCCAUUCAUGACACUCGGUAUCAGCAUCAUGUACCGCGUCCACCUGGGACGGAGGCCAGGAUACUUCUCCUUCUUGGAUCCCUUCUCCCCUGGAGUCUGGCUCUUCAUGCUUUUGGCCUACUUGGCUGUCAGCUGCGUCCUCUUUCUUGUGGCCAGACUGACACCUUACGAGUGGUACAACCCCCAUCCCUGUCUAAAGGGACGGUGUAACCUUCUGAUAAACCAGUACUCGCUUGGCAACAGCUUCUGGUUCCCUGUCGGAGGAUUUAUGCAGCAAGGAUCCACCAUCGCCCCUAGGGCUCUGUCCACACGUUGUGUCAGUGGAGUGUGGUGGGCUUUCACAUUAAUCAUCAUCUCAUCCUACACCGCCAACUUGGCUGCCUUCCUCACAGUCCAGAGGAUGGAGGUGCCGAUAGAGUCAGUGGACGACCUGGCAGAUCAGACAGCUAUAGAGUAUGGCACCAUGCACGGAGGAUCCACCAUGACCUUCUUUCAGAACUCUCGCUACCAGACGUACCAGCGUAUGUGGAACUUCAUGCACUCGAAGCAGCCCAGUGUGUUUGUGAAGAGCACGGAGGAAGGAAUCGCUCGAGUCCUCAACUCCAACUAUGCCUACUUGUUGGAGAGCACCAUGAAUGAGUACUAUCGCCAGAGGAACUGCAACCUGACACAGAUCGGAGGACUGCUGGAUACCAAGGGCUACGGCAUCGGCAUGCCACUGGGGUCAGUGUACCGUGAUGAGUUUGACCUGGCCAUCCUUAAACUGCAGGAGGACAAUCGUCUGGAGAUCCUCAAGAGAAAGUGGUGGGAUGGUGGGAAGUGUCCAAAGGAGGAGGACCACCGUGCUAAAGGUCUGGGCAUGGAGAACAUUGGUGGGAUCUUUGUGGUGCUGGUGUGUGGCCUGCUGGUGGCUAUCUUCAUGGCAGUGCUGGAGUUUGUGUGGAUGUUGAGACAGUCGCCAGGAACUGAGCAAUCAGUGUGUGAGGAGAUGCUGCGGGAGCUCCAGGGGAUCGUCCUGUGUCGCGACAGUCUGCAGGUGAGGCGCCGGCGGGCGGCUUCGAUGCUCCGGCCGCGACCCCUUCCCCUGGAGGAGCGGCGGGCCCGGGCUGCUGCUGUCAGCCUCAGCAACGGGAAGCUGUGCGGGGGCACCGGACUCCCUGAACCCCUUUCCCACAGACUGGCACAGGAGGCCGCGCUGGUUGCAAGGGGUUGCAGCCACAUCCGCAUUUGCCCCGAGUGCCGACGUUUCCAGGGACUGAGGAUGCGUCCCAGCGGGGCCACUGGGGCCCUUCCAUCUCCUACACACAGCGAAGAGAGCAUAGAGUGGGACAAGACCACAAAUAGCAGUGAACCUGAAUAACGCCCAGCUAUCCCAACAGGACUGACUCUCCCCGGGAGCCAACAUGCUACUCUCCAAGGAUCUAAGAUCACGUGGGAUUUUGAUUGUGCCGUUCAGAGUUUGAUCUUAAAGGGCGGGACAGUGCUGUUGUGGACUCUCUAAUGCCCUUGAGGCAACAGCCAACAGUCUGUUUCAGAAUCUCCUUGGGUGAAUUAUUUCCUUGGUCAUAGGAAAAACUGAUGAGUCUGUCUCAUUGUGGUCUGUCCCUGUUGGCCCUCUGUACCAUGAAAAAGAGGACGGACAAAAACACCUACAAGGCAUUUGUACUAUGCAGUAUUUUCAGUCAUUUAUCAUUGUGCUGUUCCUUUCUUUUUCUUUUUUAAAUUAUUUCAGUCUUCUGUUUGAUUAUCAGUACUGAAUAUUGUUAUUCUAUUGUUCUUAUUCUUUUUUUAUCUGACGAUUUACUGUAUGAACGUAUAUUGCCUCCGAGGAACUGGAAAGAUGAACAGACUAAUGUCACCCUUUUCUUUUGAAAGUGCCAAAAACCAACCAAGUAUCAUCUUGUGGCUGAACAAAGCACCACAGCCUUGAGAGGACAACAAGUUGAACUGAACCUAGAAAACAGGCAUACAAACACAAACUUCUUUUAUAGUAGUGAUAUUCUAUUAAAAAUGUUUUAAAUGUUGGUAUCUCUGAAAGGCAGCGAUGCAUGUCCAGAGGUGUUGGGUGCUCAUUGAAUGGUUAAUCGCAGAGGUGGAUGAUGAGUAGCAGAAAGAAUGAUUUUCUGUUUUGAAUACCUGCUUGGAAAUGUGAAGGCCACCAACUCGAACACACUUACAGAGACAUCUAUUCAUUUCCUGCCUUUCAUUCUCAUCUGUCCUUCAUCUAUGAUAUCAGGAAUUAUUUAUUGUCUAUUUACUUACCUGCUUUCUGGUUUCUCCUUCCAACACAUACACACAUCCUGAGAUCUUUCUCACAGUGCAGCAUUUUUUUUUUUUAAAUCUUAUGUUUUUUGGUUUAAUUUUUUUCCAAGUUUCACUAGAAGCCUAAGCAUUAAUGAAAAAUAGAUUUUAUCAUAACCAACCAAAAAUAUAAAGUCCUUCGUGAAGUAAAAAGGGUUUUUUUUUAUAUCAGCAGUUGACUCAAGUUCUUUUAAAUGUCGAGGCAGUUAAAUUUUUAUUUAAUGUGAUGUUUUACAUACUGCUCCAGGAGUAUUUCGGUUCAGACCAGCCUAGAUCCAGGCAUUUUCAGACUUUUAUUUCUGCAAAACCCAAACCAAAAUAAGAAUUUAUUGCAGUAAUCUUGUCCGUAAGAGGCUUAUUUUUAUUGCAAAGCGGAUGCAGAACAAUCAACUGUGUAUCAGUUCAGUUAUCUGGAAAUGGUAAAAUGAGAUGAUUGCAGUCAGACUAAAAUUCACCCAUGAAUAAUUUUAAUCACUGGUUGAAACUCAUUCAUUCUGUUUGGGUGUAUUUAUGGAAAGACCUGUGUUUAAUUGCAUCGUAAACUAAUUUUAUAGUUCAUACCCCCAGAAGUAAAGCGACUACAUAGGGAUAAAACCACCAGCAAAGGGAUUUCUAGGAUCCAGUUACUUCUUGCAUAAACUGUGACACAUGACAUAGUCUGUACCAACUGAACAAAUUGGUUUGAAGGUGUUACUGUACGAUAUACUGACUGUACAGUGUGGUUUACACUACUACCUGCUUAUCUCUCAUGUGUCCAUCAUGUUAAAUCUGCCCAUCAGGUUCUGUCAAUCACUCUUCCACAGAACUAGGCCACCAAACUAAAUCCAGCUUGAAGCCACUGUUAUCUCUCCUAUACUUUGAUUAGCCUCAGUCAUUUUCUACCUUCACCCAUCAUUUUUCACCUGCAGGUUGUUAAAAAUCUCUGUGUAUCCCUCUCUGUAGCAGCCCAAAAAAGGUGUGAAUGUUAUACUUCUGUGGAAUCAUGUCAACACAUACACAUAUCAGCAGUUUUUGUCAUGUUGAGAUGUUGAGUCACUGUCUUUUUUUCUUUUUAGCAUCUUCACAGUAUCUCUUUUUUCUUUUUUUUUUUACCUGAGAUGAGUUCUCCCAAACUGCGUGUAUAUUUUUAAGUACAUGUAAUUGCAUGAAUGGUAAUGAUGCUGUUUCAGAAGCUGGUGAAUAUCUUGGUUAAAUAUUGCUGAUCAACCUGCAAUGAUCUGUAGUAUUAGCACAAUAGUACUGGAGUUGAGUUUUCACUGAAAUCAGAAUUCUGAACAAUUUGGGUUCACAAAAGUGAGGAGAAUAUCAAAUGAAUAGAAUUUCUAUUAAAAGAAGCUUUUUUUUCACUUUUUCUAUGUCAGUUCAAUCAGUUGCUGGUGAGUGUUUGAUGCAGGACUGACAGAGUAGGAACUCCCACAAGAAAACGCAAGUGUCUGAAACAGCAUCAAAUCUGCUGGAUUCUGCACCACAGAGAAACCAAUGGGAAUGUCAGAGGCAUUAUGUUAUCAUCUACUGGAGAGUCAAUAGUGCUAGUGCAUCUGAUCCUCAAGUGGUGAACUACUGUUGUCCCACAGAAGGUGUGCAGAUAGUUUGUGAAUAAUAGGGCUCCCCAAUAUCAGUACAGAGUGGGUUUUCUUUUUUAAUUCCAGCUAUGACAAAACUUCAAAGUUGACUGUGUUCAUGUAACAGAGAAAAAGAAACAGACCUACAUGUGUAUAAUAUUUAUAUUGACACAUUAUUCCAUUCAGUGACAUAUACAUACAUACAUUGUGUGCAUAAUGGU